AUGGAAGAAUUUUUAAAGGAUAGCCCUUCCGAGAUCCCCACUUCGGAGGAUAAAACCAACGAGGGAUUCAACAACAACUUUGUUUACACAACGCUUGAUAAUGAGCGCUUGGACAACCCACAAUCGCUUAAUUUGGACUUUGAUCCACUUAGUGAAGGCAGACAACAACAAGACUAUUCCUUAGACUUGACCAAUAAUUACGACGAAAACAACUACAAGAACGAUGCCUCGGGAAAUUACUUUAGCAGUGGAAGCAACGUCAACACAAACACUCCUGGGUCUGGCUUUAAUUCAAAUACCCAAUUGUCGGGCAGCGACUACUUGAGUCCUAUGGGAUUCUCAUACAAUCAGCAAGGUCUGCAAUCACAGUCGCAGAAUCCAAUUAGUAACCAGCAGCAACCGGGCCACCAAAGAAUGAAUUCAGACACAUUUUCAGGAUCCAACCCUGGCUCUUUCACAAGUGAGCCAUUUUUAGAUGAUGUGGCAUUCUCGCAAGCAAUUUUGGGCCCGCAAUUGAAUGUUUCGCAAUACGGAUCCAACCAAGAGAACUUAUCGCCACAGCAGUUUUCGCCGCAGUUACAAAGCACGCAACCAUUUGUUACUAAUUCAGCUAACUUGGAUGAGUUAAUAUCACCAGGCAACAACUAUGACGAAAGCACAUUUCUCAAUCCUCAAUACUUUUCGCCACCAAACCGAUCGGGAAACCAUUUCAACUCCUUGCGUUCAAUUGCUGAGGACACGUUUGAUGCCAAUUCGGCAGACAUCUAUAGUCCCGACUUGUCGAGACACGGAAGUAUUAGUGGACCAACUUAUGGGCAAGGAAGCAAUAUUCCUCAGACAGGCUCCUACUUGUCGCCCCAACUAGACCCAGUGUCAUAUGUUUCGCCUGAUUUCAAUAGUGGAUCCUAUUUGAACUCGCCACCGCAGUACAAUAGUCGGGUCAAUAAUCUAAACUUGAAUGUCCCAGCUCAGAAUAUGAGUACGUCGAUUCCCAAUCACACAACAACUCAGGAGAAAUGGAAUUCGUUAUCGCCUUUGCCCUCGCAGUCCUCGACAUUAAGCACGUCUGUCCCCAAUUCUAAGCGCGAUGUAUCAGUGCCCACCAAACAGCUUUCUAAAGAAGAAAAGUUGAAAAGGCGCCGAGAAUUUCACAAUGCCGUUGAACGAAGAAGACGUGAUUUGAUUAAAGAGAGAAUAAAGGAAUUGGGAAUAAUCGUUCCUCCUUCAUUGCUAAACCCUCAAUUAAGUGCAGUUCAAACGUUGCAACAGAAAAACAACAUCAACUCGAGUGACUUGAACGACUUGAUUAGUUCCAUCAAGGUUAAAGAAACAAAGCCAAAUAAGUCUACAAUUUUGAACAAAUCAGUCGAGUACAUCAACCACUUGAAUUAUGUGCUAAGACAACAGGAACUUUCCCGAAACCAAUUGUGCAAGCAGAUCAAACAGUUAGAGCAGAGUAACAUUUAG